UUUACUGGGUCCAUCGCUGAUGACGUCAGAGGGACGGAUGAUUUGGAAGAUGGUGGUAACCUGUUUGUGUUUUUGAUGUGUCUACUUUUGUUGUCAACUAAUCUCUAUUACGAGAUCCAAAUAAAUGUACAGUAAUUCAUACAAGAAAUGUGUGAAUGGCUCUAACUACGCGUACAGCAAACUGAAAGCAGAUGACUGUGAUACAGCGGUGACACCGUUCCUGUAGUUUCACCAUGCCUCAGAAGCUGAUGAAGAGUGCCCACUACAUCGAGCUGGGGGGGAGAUACCAGUACUGGCCCGUGCUGGUCCCCAGAGGGAUAAGGCUGUACACAUACGAACAGAUCCCAGUGUUCCUGAGGGAUAACCCUUACAUCACAGAUGGCUACAGAGCCUACCUGCCCUCCAGGCUAUGCAUCAAAAGUCUGUUCAUCCUGUCCAAUGAGACAGUGAAUAUCUGGAGCCACCUGCUGGGCUUCCUGUUGUUCUUCACGCUGGGGAUCUACGACAUGGCGUCUGUGCUGCCUGCCACCAGGGCCUCCCGGGAGGACUAUGUCAUCUAUUCCAUAGGACUCUUCUGCUUCCAGCUCUGUAUGCUGUGCUCCGUGGGAUACCACCUGUUCUGCUGUCACCGAUCAGAGAAGACCAGUCGUCGCUGGAUGGCUCUGGACUACGCUGGCAUCUCCAUAGGCAUCCUGGGCUGCUACGUACCUGGGGUGUUCUACGCAUUCUACUGCAAUAACUACUGGCGUCAAGUGUACCUGGUGACGGUGCUAGCUAUGAUCCUGGCGGUGUUCUUUGCCCAGAUCCACCCCCACUACCUCAGCAAGCAGUGGCAGCGACUCCGCUCUGUUCUCUUCUGCAGCGUGGCCGGCUACGGCCUCAUCCCCACCGUACACUGGGUCUGGCUCAAUGGGGGCUUCUCUUCAGACCUCGUACAGUCUUUUAUUCCUCGUGUUCUGGGGAUGUACGCGAUCGCUGCCGUAGCCUUCGUCUUCUACGUCUCGAAGGUCCCCGAGCGCUACUUCCCAGGUCAGUUGAACUACCUGGGCUCCAGCCACCAGGUGUGGCAUGUUCUGGUCAUCGUGAUGUUCUACUGGUGGCACCAGGCUGCCCUCUUUAUCUUAACCCACCGCCACAGCCACCCCUGCCCAGACUACACUGUGCACACCUAGGACUGCCCAGAGUAAACUACCCCCAGCGUGACUAGGGCUACCCCCAGCGUGACUAGGGCUACCCCCAACGUGACUAGGGCUACCCCCAGCGUGACUAGGACUGCCCAGAGUAAACUACCCCCAGCGUGACUAGGGCUACCCCCAGCGUGACUAGGGCUACCCCCAGCGUGACUAGGACUGCCCAGAGUAAACUACCCCCAGCGUGACUAGGGCUACCCCCAGCGUGACUAGGACUGCCCAGAGUAAACUACCCCCAGCGUGACUAGGGCUACCCCCAGCGUGACUAGGACUGCCCCCAGCGUGACUAGGACUGCCCAGAGUAAACUACCCCCAGCGUGACUAGGGCUACCCCCAGCGUGGCCCGGGCUACCCAGAGUAAACUACCCCCGGGGUGACUAGGGCUACCCCCAGCGUGACUAGGAUUACCCGGGCUACCCCCAGCGUGACUAGGAUUACCCAGGCUACCCCCAGCGUGACUAGGACUACCCGGGCUACCCCCAGCGUGACUAGGACUACCCGGGCUACCCCCAGCGUGACUAGGGCUGCCCACAGCUUGACUAGGACUGCCCAGAGUAAACUACCCCCGGGGUGACUAGGGCUACCCCCAGCGUGACUAGGAUUACCCGGGCUACCCCCAGCGUGACUAGGAUUACCCGGGCUACCCCCAGCGUGACUAAGACUACCCGGGCUACCCCCCAGCGUGACUAGGGCUGCCCCCAGUUUGACUAGGACUGCCCAGAGUAAACUACCCCCAGCGUGACUAGGACUGCCCAGAGUAAACUACCCCCAGCGUGACUAGGACUGCCCAGAG